GGCGCCCGUCGAGCAGCCCAGAGCGUGGCCCCCGCCCCCGCCGCUGUCGCCCAAACUUCGGCCGCGCCGCCCGGCCGCCCGGGGCCGAGCCAGUUUCUGAGUUACUCACGGUUAGUUUCACCAUUUAGCAUGUGAGUCCUGUAGACUCCAACAGACAAGACUUGGCUGAAAUAGGAAUUCUCAAGAUGAAUCAUACAGAAUCUAGCCCAUUGGUGGAGCCAACUACAAUAGGUUUAACCCCUGAGUUGUUAAGUACUUUACCUGUGCCUUCCAAUGAGACCACCUGUGAAAACUGGAGAGAGAUGCAUCACCUAGUUUUUCAUGUAGCAAAUAUAUUCUUUGCCAUUGGAUUGGUUAUUCCCACUACUCUUCACCUUCAUAUGAUACUUCUUAGAGGGAUGUUAUCUAUAGGAUGUACCCUUUAUAUCAUCUGGACCACUCUCUACCGAUGUGCCUUGGAUAUAAUGAUCUGGAACUCUGUGUUCUUGGCUGUCAACAUUUUGCAUCUUUCAUAUCUUAUAUACAAGAAAAGACCGGUAAAGAUUGAAAAGGAACUCGGUGGCAUCUACCGACGGUUAUUUGAACCACUGCGUGUGUCUCCAGAGCUGUUCAGAAGAUUGACUGGACAGUUUUGCAUGAUUCAAACCUUGGAAAAGGGUCAGCCUUAUGCCGUAGAGGAUGAAACGUCAGUUGAUGACCGUCUGAGUGUUCUCCUGAAGGGAAAAUUGAAGGUCUCCUAUAGAGGACACUUUCUGCAUAAUAUUUACCCCUGUGCCUUUAUAGAUUCUCCUGAAUUUAGAUCAACUCAGAUGCAUAAAGGUGAAAAAUUCCAGGUCACCAUUAUUGCAGAGGACAACUGCAGACUUUUAUGCUGGUCAAGAGAAAGAUUAACUUACUUUCUGGAAUCAGAACCUUUCCUAUAUGAAAUAUUUAGGUAUCUCAUAGGCAAAGACAUUACAAACAAGCUCUACUCACUAAACGAUCCAACUUUAAAUGACAAAAAGGUCAAGAAGCUGGAGCCGCAGAUCAGCCUCUGCACACAGAUCGCCAUGCUGGAGAUGAGGAACAGUUUAGCCAGCUCCAGUGACAGUGAGGACAGCCUGCACCAGUUUCUCCGAGGCUCGCCCAGUGUGUCUUCCCUCCAUGUGUCUUCUCCACACCAGCGAGCUUCUGCCAAGAUGAAGCCAAUAGAAGAAGGAGUGGAGGAUGACGAUGAAGUCUUUGAACCCAUGUCUCAGAAUGCAUUUCAAAUCCCUCAGUUGCCUUGAUCAGGAGUCAAGUUACCAAGAUGGAAAUAACUCUUGAAGAGAUCCCAGAAAAUACCAGCAUUUCCCCCACAGCAUUUAGAUGAUUCUGCUUAAAUGUAUCCAGACUGGUAGUAUCUAAGGACAAAAAAGUGAUCAAAUUUCCAUAACGGGAAGGUUAUUUCUGCUGUCCUUUUUAUUGGUCAGCUUUUAAAGUUAUUGUUUUUUCUAAGCCUUCUGAUUAAACCUCGUUUUAUUUUUAAGG